AUGGCGCUAACAUGGUUUCACUGUUUUUGCAGCUUCCCUAACAGCAAUCAGACAAAGCACUGCUGGCAAAAUUAUGUAGAUUACUAUAAAUGCAUUGGAGCGCGUGGCAAGGAUUUCGCUCCAUGUCAACAGUUCUGGAAAGCAUUUCACAGCAUAUGUCCUAAUUCAUGGAUUGAAACUUGGGACACUCAGAGAGAGGAAGGAACAAAUCCUUCCAACUUCAAUGUUUAA